AUGUUAAAGAAGAAAGCUGCUAAGCGCAACGAGUCGCCUGGCAGCGUGGUGAACCGAGAGGACGAAAGCACAAGCGAAUCACUCCCUAAGAAAAAGUUUAUCUCACUCACUGACGUGCCAAGAAUUCGACUGUUGUUUAUCUGUCCGUUUUUGCCCCCAGGAAAUAAAAAGUGCAUAUUGAAGUGCAAAAUUGGAAAUCAACGCAAAGCAAGUCAUGGAAGCAUUCUUCACUUUGUCUACAACACCUCCUUGGGGCAGAACACUCGCUCCUUUUGGCGACAGGCUCUCCAGCAGCCCUUUGUGCGUUCCCUGGCCUCCUACGGGCUCCGGAGCACAGCCAGUCCAUUUAACCGCCGCGUCACCUGCCUGGAGUGGCACCCCACGCACCCCACAGCUCUAGCUGUGGGCUCGAAAGGAGGAGACUUGGUCCUGUGGGACUAUGAGAAGCCUGACAAGAUGUCCUUCGUGCAAGGGGAUGGUCCAGGAGACUCUGUUACAGGCAUGAGGUUUGACCCUCGCAAUGCCAAUCAGCUGUUUCUCUCCUCCAUCGGAGGCACAACUACUCUGCGGGACUUUAGUGGGACUGUUUUACAAGUGUUUGUCAACACUGAAACCUGGGACUACUGGUACUGCUGCGUGGAUGUGUCUGUUAGCCGCCAGAUGCUCGCAACAGGGGACAACACUGGACGGCUCGUACUUCUGGGUUUGGAUGGCCACAAGAUAUUCAAUGACAAGUUGCAUAAAGCCAAAGUGACGCAUGCCGAGUUCAACAGCCGCUGUGACUGGCUCUUGGCCACCGCAUCCGUGGACCACACCGUGAAGCUCUGGGACCUGAGAAACCUCAAAGACAAAAAGAGCUUCUUACACGAGAUGCAGCACAACAAACCGGUUAACUCUGCCUAUUUCAACCCCACGGACAGCACCAAACUCCUCACCACAGACCAGUUUGAUGAGAUAAGAGUCUACACCUCGUCUGAUUGGUCGAAGCCGGAGAUCAUUGUUCAGCAUCCUCACAGGCACUUUCAGCACAUCACGUCCAUCAAGGCAACCUGGCAUCCUAUAUAUGACCUCUUCGUAGCUGGCCGUUACCCUGACGAUCAAAUCAAAGUUGGUGAUGUCAGAUCAGUAGACAUCUACGAUGCCACCGCCGGGAACCUGGUUUAUCAGAUGCUAGAUCCAAAUGCAAAGGGCAUAAUAUCUCUGAAUAAGUUCAACCCUCUAGGUGAUGUACUGGCGUCAGGAAUGGGCGUGAACAUCUUGACUUGGACGAGGGAAGAGGUUGUUAAUGGCAUGCAGCAGGAAACUCAGAUGAGAACAGAGGCGAACAGAAGCCGGGUAGCAGUGUCCAGACGCCGAACCACCCAACAGCAGCCCACCAGGAAUCCGAGGCGACCUGCAGAAGAUUUGAAGCUGAAAAAGAAAUUAGCAUCACUGGAGUCAGAGACCAAAUCCAAAACACGUCAGAACAGAAAGAAGUGAUCUGAACUGCCUCCACCACAUGCACUAAGCAUCUGGAAUCUAUUUUUCAGACAGUUUUGUUUUACUGAUUUGGAUCAAGGUUGUUCCUGCCUAACAUUCCCCUGCUGUUCAUGCCAUUUAACAUUUGUAUAAAUGCCUUAUUUUGUACAUCGAUGUAUCAAGAAUUUUCAAUAAUAAAAUCUAUAUAAUGUUCAUUAAA